GCCAGACAAAGUGUCUGGUGAGCUGCUACGUGACUGGCCGGCCGCGUGGGUGCCCAGCGCACCAACGAGGCAGCCUCAAGGAACCGUGCCCGGGUUCUGGGCCCCACGGAACUGCAGCCUGCGCUGCCGCAUCACACACGCGCUCAGCGCCGCGAGCCGCAUACAUAACGAUAUUUGGAUCUGACUGCAUUUUGAAAUUCAUCUUCACUUACAAUGCCACCAGCAAUCGGAGGCCCAGUUGGAUACACUCCCCCAGAUGGAGGCUGGGGGUGGGCAGUAGUUGUUGGAGCUUUCAUUUCCAUUGGCUUCUCUUAUGCAUUUCCUAAAUCUAUUACUGUGUUCUUCAAAGAAAUUGAAGGUAUAUUCAAUGCCACCACCAGCGAAGUAUCAUGGAUAUCUUCCAUCAUGUUGGCUGUUAUGUAUGGUGGAGGUCCUAUCAGCAGUAUCCUGGUGAAUAAAUAUGGCAGUCGUCCAAUCAUGAUUGCUGGUGGCUGCUUGUCAGGCUGUGGCUUGAUUGCAGCUUCUUUCUGUAACAGCGUACAGGAACUUUACUUGUGUAUUGGAGUCAUUGGAGGCCUUGGACUUGCCUUCAACUUGAAUCCAGCUCUAACCAUGAUUGGCAAGUAUUUCUACAAGAGACGACCACUGGCAAAUGGACUGGCCAUGGCAGGCAGCCCUGUGUUCCUGUCUACCCUGGCCCCCCUCAACCAGGCUUUCUUUGGUAUCUUUGGCUGGAGAGGAAGCUUCCUAAUUCUUGGGGGCCUCCUUCUAAACUGCUGUGUAGCUGGAUCCCUGAUGCGGCCAAUAGGGCCCAAGCCAACCAAGGAAAGGAAAGAUAGGUCUAAAGAACCCCUUCAGGACACCGGGAAAUCUGGUGAAAAAAAAGAUGUAGGUGAUGCACAUACAGAUCUUAUUGGCGGAAACCCCAAAAAGGAGAAACAAUCAGUUUUCCAAACAAUUAACAAAUUCCUAGACUUAUCCCUUUUUACCCACAGAGGCUUUUUGUUGUACCUCUCUGGUAAUGUCCUUAUGUUUUUUGGGCUAUUUACACCUUUAGUCUUCCUCAGUAAUUAUGGUAAGAGUCAGCAUUACUCUAGUGAGAAGUCUGCUUUCCUCCUUUCUAUUCUGGCCUUUGUUGACAUGGUUGCCAGACCUUCCAUGGGACUUGUAGCCAAUACAAGGUGGAUAAGACCUCGUGUUCAGUAUUUCUUUGCAGCUUCUGUUGUUGCAAAUGGUGUGUGUCAUUUGCUAGCACCUUUAUCCACCAGCUAUAUUGGGUUCUGUAUCUAUGCGGGAUUCUUUGGAUUUGCAUUUGGGUGGCUCAGCUCAGUAUUGUUUGAAACACUCAUGGACCUCGUUGGACCCCAGAGGUUCUCCAGCGCUGUGGGAUUGGUGACCAUUGUGGAAUGCUGUCCUGUCCUCCUGGGACCACCACUUUUAGGUCGUCUCAAUGACUUGUAUGGAGACUACAAAUACACAUACUGGGCAUGUGGCAUAGUCCUAAUUGUCGCGGGUAUCUAUCUCUUCAUUGGCAUGGGCAUCAAUUAUCAACUAUUGGCAAAAGAACAGAAAGCAGAGCAGAAGCAGAAAAAGGAAAGUAAAGAGGAGGAGACAAGUGUGGCUGUUGCUGAGAAGCCAAAAGAAGCUUUUAAAGCAGCAGAAUCUCUGGAGCAGAAAGGCACAGAAGGAAGCCCCAAAGAGGAGGAGAGUCCAGUCUGAGCCCGUGAGGCCGAAGGGUAAAUGGAGCAGCUUGUGACCCAAGAUAUCUGAAAAUAUCCUACUGGCCUGUAUGCUACCAGUGGUGCUCAAUGCAGACAGUGGACAUUUGUGUGGAAAUCAUACCAGGUGUUCCUUGUGGAAUUUCUGUUUCACUCCUUAGUAGCCUGAGUUAAAAAUGCCAUAUCCUUGGGGGGAGGGAGUGUUUGGCAAAGGAUGAGGGAAGGAAGUAGUUAUUUCUUAGUUUUUUUGUUUUUGUUUUUGUUUUUUAAUCUUAGGUUUUAACAGCAUCAUGAAGAUUAUAAUAUGUGCCUUAAGUUGUAGUGUUUAGAACUCUUUAGGGAGCCUUAACUUUUUCAACCAUUCUGCUGAAUUUAUCUAUUUCAAGUGUCAUGUUUAAAAGAAAAAUAACUAACUUGUUUGAGGCAAAUUUGAAAUCUUAAAUUAAUCUUGCUUCAUUGUUAUUUGUCAUAUAUUGCCAGACAUUGUCAGUGGAAGAUUGAGGGAUAGAAAUAUUGGUUGAAAGUUGGGGAUUUUAUAAAAUGCUGACUAAACUAUUUUCCAGGCAUCAGUAGUUGCCUGGCAUAUACGCCUGCUAUGUAUAAAUUUAGGAAAUUUAAAGUCUAAAACUUUGGAACUAUCUUGGCUUCUCUGGCCACAUUGUACUAGCUAAUACCUCUUUGGUACCUUUUCUUGGGAUGCUUAUGAGAAGCCAAGUGCUUGACAGUUGUUUGCAUUAAAUUACUUCUUUUGCUCCCCUGUUCAAAGACACUUUUUGAGUGGUUAUAUAGAUCAUUCCCCUUUUUGAAAUCACUUGGUAUUAUUUUUCUCACUGUAAAAGUUAAAAUUAAAAUCUACAAGACUAUA